UGGGUAUAACCUCUGUUUUGAUAUGUAUUUUUCUAGUUUCCUCCUAAGAAUAAUUUCCGCACCGUAUUUCCCAACAGUUCCAUUGUCUACGAGAAGGAAAUACGCGUGCCUGUUAUUUAAAGCUGCAUUUUUAGAUCUGCAAAAAAUAAACACUCAGUAUCAUCCCACUCGGAAAUUGUCAACAACUAUCAAAUCUUCACGUCAUCCAACUUUUAAUCAUUCAUCACAUCAAAAUUUCAGUAAAUUACUCAUCAACAUGUCUCACCCAACGAACUGAACCCAACAAAAACCAAUCCAAAUCUUCAAGUGAUGAUAUCAAGAGCAGUACUCAGCUUAUUCAAAAACAGACAAAUAAUCAGAAGAACCAGUUAUUCGACAGUCAAAAGACUCUUCAACGAUACCACUUCCAAGAACAAUGCCAUCCAAAUAAGGAACAUACACAACACCAGGUUACCCAAAACUCCAGACCUCAUCUACAUUCCACACGUCAUACGAUGGCUGAAGACCAAGUUCCAAUUCAAGUACCUGCAGAAAACCUGGGACCCCGAAUUCACAGAAGGCGCUUUCAUAUACGGUACAUCCAAAGCUGUGUGCAGAAUCACAGAAAUCAUUCACGAGGACAAGCCUGAAGACCUAGAAGGUCUUCUUACUCCCACCACCAAGAUAAAAUUGAAGGAACAGAUGAAGGCCAUCUUGACCAAGUCGCAGAAGGCUAUCAUAAAGCUGAAGCCGGAGGAUAUCAAGAUUUUGGUGCCGAUGAACGUUUGUCUUAAGAACGAAGGGUUGCAGAAGAGUUGCAAGAUUGGGAUGAGGGUGCUUGCUCUGAAAUGGUUUCAGCAGAAGAAUGGCGCUUUGAGGUUGGUGUUAGUGGCCCUGCAGACAGAAUUCUUGAAGGACUACAAAGAUGGCAGUUAUAAGUUGGCAAAAAAACGAACUCCCAUUCAACAACCAGGAAAAACUUGGGAUCCCAAUUUUAAGAGAAAAAACCUGAAGACUUAGGUCUUAGGUUGGUGCAGAUGGCAUUGCAGAUAGAUUUCAGAUUGGUUCAUCAGUGAUUUCGACAUUUUGGAAUGUGCGCACCCAAUCGACUGUAUGAUUGAUGCUGAUGAAAAAUCACUUAAAACAGAAACAGCAAAUUGUAACGUAAAAUAAAUUUGGGCUGCUACAAAAACAGAGUCUGGUGACUUAAUAUGUAUAUUAUUUCAGUUCUCAACAUACACAAGUGAAUUUUUCCAUUAUUUUUUCAGCUACUGUAGGAGGAACCUCACGGAUCUAUCUCAGGCCCGGUUAUAUUCAGCUAAUGUUCAAACGAUUAAAUAAAAUAUCACAUAGGAGUGGAGGAACAACUAUAUUUCAAUUCUUUGUUAGUCAGAUACUAUGACUUGCCAAAAAUAACUUAUAUUUCUAGUAUAAGGAAUGAAUGAUGAAUGAAAUACAUAUGAACAGAAAAUGAGUGUUUUGGUUUCUUAUCUAUACUUACCGAGGUGAUGAUAUGGAAUGAUAUGGUACUUCGGUAUGUUGUCCAAUAAGGUCUUGAUUGUUUUCGACUAUGCCCCAAGGUGCUAUACCUAGGGUGUUCACCCGACCAGUCCUCUGAGAUCUUUCUAGUAAAAGCGCAUCUCCUACGUGUUUUGUUAC